AGGACAAAGUAAGACCCACCAAACAACAACCAGAAAAAACAAAGACAAAAACGCAGAAACAACAACACAGUAGCGCGUGGAUUCCACUCCCAAAUCAUCAUCUCCAACUUUCGCACGUGGCAGUUCCAUUCCACUCUAACCUCGUUGCACCUGCAUCGCACCAGUUACCAUCACCAGCCCUUACAAAUGUUCCCCACGCGCGAAAGUUCCCCGCGUGAAAAUAAAAUUCCAAGUACUCUUCACUCUCAUUCGCUUUGCUAUUUCGGUCUCUCACAGAAACACACUCUCACUCUCUCCUUCAACAAAAUUUCUCCCACUCUUCUCCCGGACGAAGAUGAAACAAACUCUAACGAUCUAAAUUAAACAAACUGUUAAACUUAACGUUCACCGUUAAAUAUUACAAUGGCGGCAACCAAUACGACGUCGUCUAUCGUAGACGCAGACGAAGCAACCGCAAAAGCUAUUCACAAACGUUACGAAGGUUUAGUAACGGUUCGUAACAAAGCCGUUAAAGGUAAAGGAGCUUGGUAUUGGGCACACCUUGAACCGUUACUCGUUCAUAACAACGAAACGGGACUCCCUAAAGCCGUUAAGUUACGGUGUUUUUUAUGCGACGCCGUUUUCUCCGCUUCUAAUCCUUCACGAACAGCUUCUGAACAUUUAAAGCGUGGAACUUGCCCUAAUUUCAAUUCCGCAGCAAAACCAAUUUCGUCAAUUUCGCCGGAAACUGCUUCUGCGGUUGUCGUUGUUUCGUCGCCGCCGCCGUCUUCUUCUGUUCACCGCCGUAAGAGAAAUUCUCCUCCAUCGCCGCCGCUACCGGCGCCUCACUAUGUUUCGGAUCCGUUGCGUGUUGUUUCGGGUUUGUUGCCGCAGCAACAGCAUUUGAUGUUAUCCGGUGGAAAAGAUGAUUUGGGAGCUUUGGCUAUGUUGGAAGACAGUGUGAAGAAGCUGAAAAGUCCUAAAACUUCACCUGGUCCUAUUCUUCAUAAAACUCAAAUUGAUAGUGCAAUUGAUUAUCUUGCUGAUUGGGUUUAUGAAUCGUGUGGUUCUGUUUCUUUUUCGAGUUUGGAGCAUCCAAAGUUUAAAGCUUUUCUUACACAAGUUGGUUUGCCACAUGUUUCUCCUAGAGAGUUUACUGGGACUAGACUGGAUGCAAAAUUUGAGGAAGUUAAAGUUGAAUCUGAAGCAAGGAUUAGAGAUGCUAUGUUUUUUCAAAUUGCUUCUGAUGGUUGGAAAACAAAGGAUUAUUCUGAUGAUCAGAAUUUGGUGAAUUUGAGUGUCAAUCUUCCCAAUGGGACGAGUUUGUAUAGAAAGGCGGUUUUCGUUACCGGUUCUUCGGUUCCUUCGAAUUAUGCUGAGGAUGUUUUGUGGGAGACAAUUAGUGGAAUUUGUGGGAAUCUAGCUCAACAAUGUGUUGGGAUAGUUGCUGACAAAUUCAAAGCUAAGGCAUUGAGAAACUUGGAGAAUCAGAAUCAUUGGAUGGUUAAUCUCUCUUGUCAGUAUCAAGGUUUCAAUAGUUUAAUCAAGGAUUUUACAAAGGAACUUCCUUUGUUCAGAACUGUGACUGAGAAUUGUCUCAAGCUAGCAAAUUUUAUCAACUACAACUCUCAAAUUAGAAACAGUUUUCACAAGUAUCAAAUGCAAGAGUACGGUCACACUUGGUUGCUUCGUUCGCUUCCAAUGAAAGAAUUUGAGGAUUUUAGCUUUGGACCUGUUUAUGCUAUGAUUGAGGAUAUCUUGAGUUCAGUUCGUGCUUUGCAGUUGGUUCUGCUCGACGAAUCGUUCAAGAUGGUAUCCAUGGAAGAUAGGAAUGCUAGGGAAAUUGGCGACAUGAUUCGUGACAUUGGUUUUUGGAAUGAUUUAGAAGCUGUACAUGCUUUGGUUAAAUUGGUGAAAGACAUGGCUAAGGAGAUUGAACUAGAAAAGCCAUUGGUUGGACAAUGCCUUCUCCUAUGGAAUGAAUUGAGAACAAAAGUGAAAGAUUGUUGUUCCAAAUUCAACAUAGCAGAAGGAUCAAUAGAAAAGUUGAUUGAAAGAAGGUUUAGGAAAAACUACCACCCUGCUUGGGCUGCUUCAUACAUUCUUGACCCUCUUUACUUAAUAAGGGACACUAGUGGAAAGUACCUUCCACCUUUUAAGCACUUAACAACUGAACAAGAAAAAGAUGUUGAUAGACUCAUAACAAGGCUUGUUUCAAGAGAUGAAGCACACAUUGUUCUAAUGGAACUCAUGAAAUGGAGAACAGAAGGGCUUGAUCCGGUUUAUGCGCAAGCUGUACAAAUGAAAGAGAGAGAUCCUGUUACUGGAAAAAUGAGGAUUGUUAAUCCACAAAGCAGUAGACUUGUUUGGGAAACUUAUUUAACUGAAUUUAAGUCAUUAGGAAGAGUUGCUGUUAGAUUAAUAUUCCUUCAUGCAACUUCUUGUGGAUUCAAGUGUAGUUGGUCUUUGUGGAAAUGGGUUUGUGCUCAUGGAAAUUCUAGGACUUCACUUGAUAAGGUUCAAAAAUUGAUAUUUAUUGCAGCACAUUCUAAAUUGGAGAGAAGGGAUUUUUCAAGUGAUGAAGAUAAGGAUGCAGAAUUGUUCACAUUAGCGAAUGGUGAGGAUGAUGUGUUGAAUGAUGUUCUUGUUGAUACUUCCUCAGUGUAACAUUUUUUUUUUCUUUCUUUUUGAGUUAAUCACCUAGGAUUUUAUUUUUUUUAGGAUUUAUUGAAUUCUUUUCACUACCCUUUUUUCUUUUCUGCCACUUGAGUUGAGCAACUUCUCACCUUUUAACUCAGCAUGAUUUUCAAGUUGUUACAAAUACUGAAGAAAGCUGGAGAAAUUGUAUCACUAGAGAGAAAAAAAGUUGUAGAAAUUCUAUUUUAUUCCUCUAGUAAUUUGAGAUUAGUAAUAUUUGUAAAGGGGAAGUUUUUUUAGUUCUCCUUUGAUUCUAAGUUUCUCUUUCACACCAUUAAAUUUUGUAAAUUCACAAGAAAGCAUGCAGCAUGUGGGAUUCUGAUUUGUUUCACAUAUUUUGCAAGCUGCAAUCAACUUCUAUGAAUGCAUAAUUAGUUUUGAGUAGCCUUUUGCAUAA